CUCCAGCAUUUUCUCCGGUAAGAUGCAUGUGAACUGCUCAAUCUAUGGUGAAAUAUAUCUCCUCCGCCAGAAGUGACAUACCUCAUCCCUAGAAAUUACGCCUCUUCUCUUCUCUUCUCUGGACGAAGUCGCAUCGCAUAUCUCAAAGAAAUGCCCCAACUUCACGCGCCUCAACUGAUCUUCACUAUAGAGCUCAUCAUCCAUAAUCAUUCGGCUGCUUGUGCUUCUUUUUCAGCUCGGUGGCUGCGUCCUUUUUUAUGGAUUGGAUUUUUCAAGAGGAUUAUUAUAUUUUUCUAAUACUCUAAGCCAAGCAUUCGACGCAAGUGAGGGGUACACCAGCGAUUUUGAUAGAGCUGAGAAUGGAAUCAAGGGGCGCUAAGUUUAGGGCAUUAAAUAAAUAUUUAUUUAAGAGGGUGAGAUAUGUAAAUAUACUUAGUUAAAGUGCUACUUAGAUUUCUAGUUAUCCACAGCGGAUCAUCCUGCCCCGCUUUACUUUUAGCAAAAUUCUCUGUCUACGCCGUCCGCCGCCGACCCCUCAUUAUUUUUCUUUCCGCCGUUUCAUAUAUUCGCGGCGCCACCCUUUGCUUCUUCUCCUCAUGUGCAUAGGCGAGUUGUGAUCUGGUAAGGCUCUGAGACUUUGGCAUAAAAGGGGAAAUGACGGAAUUAGGGUUAGGGUUAUGCUUUCACGCCAGCUUCCUCCCCAAAUCGAGCUUCAAAGGCCUUUAUUUGCCAAAUUCAUCAUUCUUACGGACUCCAGCGUCCGUGGUUGCGAGAAUCGAAGCUGUUAGAUGCAUGAACAAUGCGCCAAUGUCCUAUUCGAAAUCAGGGAAAAAGGAGCACCAUUUAUGGAUGAAGAGGGAUACAGCAGGAUCCGGUCAGAAAGCUCUUCAUCUCGUUCGCAUCGUUUCAAAGCUUCCAAAUGAAAAGGAAGUCAUUCAUGGAGCAUUGGACAAAUGGACUGCUUGGGAGACGGAAUUUCCGGUUGUUGCAGCGGCGAAGGCUCUGGAAAUUCUUCGAAGGAGAAACCAAUGGUUAAGAAUCAUUCAGGUGAGCAAGUGGUUGCUAAGCAAAGGCCAAGUUCUCACUAUGGGAACAUACGAUAGUUUGCUUCUAGCUUUUGAAAGGGAUGGAAGGUUGAAGGAGGCAGAGGAAUUGUGGAGGAUGAUUUUGCAGAGGCACACGAGAUCGGUAUCGAAGCGGCUGUUUUCUAGAAUGAUUUCUCUUUAUGAUCACCAUCAUGUUUCUGAGAAAGUUGUGGAGGUAUUUGCAGACAUGGAGGAGCUGGGUGUAAGACCUGAUGCUGAUACGGUGAAAAGAGUUGCUGUAGCUUUGGGGAAGUUGAGAGAAUUUGAGAAACAGAAGCUGGUGCUCAUGAAGUAUCAGAAUAAGUGGAAAUACCUGCACUUCAAUGGGGAAAGAGUGAGGAUUCGAGCAGAAGAAAGAUGACAACUUUUGCUAAAUCUUUGAUCUUCAGGCAUCAGCUCAUUUCGGGCCUACUGCUUCAGGUUUUAUGGCAUAAGAUGGCAAUAAAGCAGUUAUCCAAAGCCUUUGUAAUCGUCGACUUGAUAAAUGGAACUAUCAGGUUAUGGGGAUUCUCUUGCUUGUUUAAAUUUCUUCUUGAAUCUUAUUUUAUUUUUCCAAACUUUAUGAACUGUAACCCGAUAUCAGGCAGUAGUAAAUGAUGUAAUGUAAUUAGUUAUAAGCUUUAGUCUUUCCACAUAUAAUUAAGUUAAGCAUGUUAUUAAGCUAGCAA